AUGCCACAGGGUAUACUUUCCACAUGGCUCUACUUUCGUUACUUCGCUUGGCAUCUGGUCGUUGCUGCCUCAUGGCUCAUACGCGUCGCUGUCGUGUCAGUAUCGUGGCUCAUUUUUGUGCCUUACGCAACACUGCGCAUCUGGACCUCCUAUAUUCAUUCCUGCGACUGGUUUGCCGAACUAGUGCUUCAGCAGCCCGUUGCAUCGAUGAAGCUAAAGCAGACGGAUAUUGCAGCGCAUUCCACCGACUCGGCUAUCGCGGUCGUCAGCCGAUACAUCGUUCGUGAGCUUACGAAGGACUGGCCCAUGGCUGCUGGACUUACGAUCUUUGUUAUUUCCGCAUUUGUCGGUGUUUUUAUCCUGCGCGAGUAUAUCGUAAAUGCAGAAAUUGGUCUAAAUGACCGGGAAAAUGACGUGGUGAUCGAGCGCGCGCAUGAGGAUGAAAUGCAACAGAUCGGCCAAGAAGCCCUUGCGCUAGCUCGUGAGCGUGCGCAACGGAUGCGUGAAGUCGAUGUUGAUGAGAUCGUGCGCCAGGAUGAAGCGCAGCAUGGUCACGGGAACGUGGCUAGCCCCACCAACGCGCCCGUAUCUUCGGCACAAAGUGACGAUGACGAGUGGGAAGACGAGCAAGACGAUGCGAUUGAGCGCAACCACGAACCGAUGGUGUGGGAGACGCGCAUGCACUUAGAGCCUCGGCGCAGGUCGCCGGGCUCAUUGACGCCUGCAGCACCCCCUAACGAGGACAACGACGAAUGGAUCGAUGAAGCCGAGUCGAGCCACGAGCAGGAACACCAUGGACAUGAGUCAGAGGAGCAAGACCAACAGCUGGCACCACUUCCUGCGCCAGCUGAUCCUGAUGACGAAGCUGAUGAAAAUGCUGAAGGCGACGAGCAGGACGAUGAGAUUGAUGACAAUCCUGAACAUAUGGCCGAAGACAUUGAUACUUUAUUGCAUGCUAUUGGACUACGUGGGACCUGGAUCAGCCUGGGCCAAAACUUGGUUCUGGUUCAAAUGCUAAUUAUCAUGACGAUGUCGGUAUGUGUAGCUGUGCCGUAUGGCAUAGGCCGUGUACUGGGCUUCCGCGUGUACGAUAUGCUGCUUCUACCAGCGAGAGCACUGCGCAUCGUGACAGAUCCUGUGUUUGAGCUUAUGAUUGACAGCAUGUUUCGGCUACUCCCAGCAGAAAAUAUGUCUGCGCCGCCCGCGCCUAGUGUGUCGACGGUGCAGUUUGCGUAUCUGAGCCCUGUUAGGCAAUUGGUCACGCAGGCGACCAGUGCUGUCGAUGCAUGCACUCGUGGCGGCUAUUUCUGGGAACGUGCUCUUUGUGUUAUUCUAGGCCAUCUGUACAUUUUGGCGGGUCUGAAGCUGGAGGCACGCUUCGGCUCGCUCCUUCACGGCGGUUCAACGGAACUUGUGGGCGUCGUUGUUAAGUACUAUGGAACUGUACUCAAGUGCCUGUUUCUCAUGCUGCUUGACCUCGUCGGCUGCCCGCUGUUCUACGGUAUUUUCAUUGACUGGUGUCUCAUGCCUCUGUUUGAAGGUGCAUCACUCGCGACGCUCAUUGGCUAUGCACAAACAGCGCCCGUAUCGUUCACCUUCUCUCAUUGGCUCUCAGGGACUUUGUUCAUGUUUCUCUUUGCACAGUUUCUCAGUGCGAUCCGCUCUGUUGUGCGUCCUGGCGUGAUGUGCUGGAUCCGCGACAAUAGCGAUCCUGACUUCCAGCCAGUUCCCGAGGCUGUGGAAGAUAAAAUGUUCCACCCAGCUACGCAAAAUGGCCGAGUCCCAGUGUGA